GCCCCGAGGAGGAGCCCAGCUGGGGAAACCCUCCCCGCCCUCAGCGUCCUACAUCUUCCACACGGGGAACAGCAGCGCCGCUGGAUUUACGCGGAUUUAUUUUAAUUUUUUAUUUAUUUAUUUAUUUUCCUCCCCUUUUCUCUUCCCACGCAGUAAAUCCCAGCCCUGGCUGCUCCCGGCGCCGCUCGCAGCCCGGCGGGGAGUGGGAGGAAGGGGAUGCUCGGAGGGUUUGGGAGAAUCCGGAGCAUUUCCAGCCAUGAGCUGCUCGGUCUCUGCGUGAGCUGCUGAGGCGGCUCCGGAGCCGCGGGAUUGAUGGAGAGGCGCUGAAAGCACCAACCCCACCAUGGAGCUGCCCAGCACCAAAGACUUCCAGUGGAAGUCCCUGGCGCCGCUGCCCAGCCGCAGGGUUUACUCCACGCUGGUGGAGGCGGGCGGGCAGGUGUUCGCCGUGGGCGGCUGCGACGACAACGGCGUCGCCGUGGACUCCUUCGAGGUCUACUCGCCCGAGGCCGACCAGUGGGCAGCGCUGCCCGCCAUGCCCACGGCCAGGGCCGGCGUGGCCGUCACCGUGCUGGGCAAGAGGAUCAUGGUGAUCGGCGGCGUGGGCGCCAACCAGCUGCCGCUGAAGGUGGUGGAGAUGUACAACACGGACGAGGGGCGCUGGAGGAAGCGCAGCUCGCUCCGCGAGGCGGCCAUGGGCAUCUCGGUGGCGGCCAAAGACUACAGGGUGUACGCAGCGGGCGGCAUGGGCUCGGACCUGCGGCCCCACAACUUCCUGCAGCACUAUGACGUGCUCAAGGACAUCUGGGUGUCCCUGGCUGCCAUGCCCACCCCCCGCUACGCGGCCACGUCCAUCCUGAGGGGCUCCAAGAUCUACGUGCUGGGGGGAAGGCAAUCCAAGUACGCCGUCAACGCCUUCGAGGUUUUCGACACGGACACGCGCUCCUGGACCAGGUUCCCCAACAUUCCCACCAAAAGAGCCUUCUCCAGCUUCGUGCCCACCGAGGAGAAGCUCUUCAGCCUCGGGGGGCUGCGCCAGGGCCGGCUCUACCGCCAGCCCAAGUUCAUGAGGACUGUGGACGUCUUCGACCUGGAGCAAGGUGGCUGGAUGAAGAUGGAGCGCUCCUGCUACCUGAAGAAAAGGCGAGCAGACUUCGUGGCCGGCUACCUGCGAGGCAGAGUUGUGGUGGCCGGGGGCCUGGGGAAUCAGCCGAGCGUGCUGGAGUCAGCAGAGGCUUUCCACCCCGAGAAGAACAAGUGGGAGAGCCUCCCCCCCAUGCCCACCCCGCGCUGCGCCUGCUCCAGCAUCGUGCUGAGGGACUGCCUGCUGGCCGUGGGGGGCGUCAGCCAGGGGCUCAGCACGGCCGUGGAGGCCCUGUGCCUGUCUGACUCAUGAUUGGAACCUAUCUGAAUGGGGAUCCCACCUGGAACAGGGCCCUGUGCCUGUCUGACUCAUGAUUGGAACCUAUCUGAAUGGGGAUCCCACCUGGAACAGGGCCCUGUGCCUGUCUGACUCAUGAUUGGAACACAUCUGAAUGAGAAUCCCACCUGGAACAGGGCCCUGUGCCUGUCUGAUUCGUGAUUGGAACCUUCCUGAGUGGGGAUCCCACCUGGAACAGGCCCCUGUGCCUCUCUGACUCCUGAUUGGAACCUUCCUGAGUGGGGAUCCCACCUGGAACAGGGCCCUGUGCCUGUCUGAUUCGUGAUUGGAACCUUCCUGAGUGGGGAUCCCACCUGGAACAGGCCCCUGUGCCUCUCUGACUCCUGAUUGGAACCUAUCCCUGUUUUUGGCACUCCAGGUGCCAGAGAUGUGCCCUGAGCCCAGUUCGGGUGGCUCGGGCGCUCCUGGCUGUGCCUGCAGGGCGAGUUUGAGGAUUUAAGCGAGUUUGGGGUGGUUUGGUUUGGGCUCCUCCCGGAGCUGUGAACAGCAGAUGGCAUCCUUGAGGAUCUCAGCAGUUUGGGACGGUUUGGUUUAGGCUGGGUGAGCCCCAGGUCUCCUCCCAGAGCUGCGAACAGCAGAUGGCAUCCCUGGGCCGAGCUGCGGCUGCAGCAGCACCUCCCGCUGUCCCGGGCUGCCCUGCCCGGGUGGCGCUGGACCAGCGCGGCUCUAAAAUCCCAUUUCAGCUGCUGCAACACCCAACAAAUCACUUGGAUGCUGCGCGUCUCCUCCAGUAUUUUAUUCCCGUAGAAAGACACCCCCGAGGAGCCCAAACACCCUCCAGGAGCUGGGACAGGGCUGGAUUUGGGUCCAGGAGCUGGGACAGGGCUGAGUUUGGGUCCAGGAGUUGGGACGGGGCUGGAUUUGGGUCCAGGAGCUGGGACAGGGCUGAGUUUGGGUCCAGGAGUUGGGACGGGGCUGGAUUUGGGUCCAGGAGCUGGGACAGGGCUGGAUUUGAGUCCAGGAGUUGGGACAGGGCUGGAUUUGAGUUCAGGAGCUGGGAUAGGGCUGGAUGUGGGUCCAGGAGCUGGGACAGGGCUGGAUUUGAGUUCAGGAGCUGGGAUAGGGCUGGAUGUGGGUCCAGGAGCUGGGACAGGGCUGGAUUUGGGUCCAGGAGUUGGGACAGGGCUGGAUUUGGGUCCAGAAGCUGGGACAGGGCUGGGUUU